CAACACCUUUUCCUGUGUCUGGUAAAAUCCACGAUCCAAGCAUGCCACAGACGGGCACAGUCACGGGCAAACGCGACAAGCGAGACGAAUUAUCAUAGCUUCCUGACCACCACCAGUACGUUGGAACGAUUCCCAAGCCGCGAUGCCACCAGAGGCGUCGACGACAGCAGUGAAUCUUGUCGCACGUGGCAGAGAUCCAAACCCAGUCGAUCCGGCCAUGUUAACUCCAUCUGGCAUAAUACCAAUCAUGGACAUCGACAAAGCCUGGGAUAGGGGUUACUGUCAGUGUCAGGGCCGCUGCACUGCGGCUAGAUCGUACGACCAAUCCAUGUUGCUCUGCCCUGCCAAGACGACAAGAGUGCAGUUCCGAAUCUUCCACACCAGAGAUGACCCGAAGACCCGGUUUAGCUUGACACCAGAUUGAUACUGGAUGGUGCUGUGGGAUGUCCAGCCCAUCAACCUUAAUGCUCCUUCAACUAUCCACCCAUUGGCCAUCUGGAACCCCAGAUGACACUCACGUUCGACAUGAUUCACCAUCAGCCCACAAACAGUUCACACAAAAGUACGGCCGAGGGUUUGAGGCAGAGCGUACCUUUGUUUACUUUCAGCCAGAUUGGGAGAAAGAAGUUUCUUGGAUGCUUUCUCAUUCAGACUACCUUCUCACCCAUGACAUGUGCGCUACCAAGAAAGCCAAUGCCCCUCAAAGCAUUCUCACUGGCGACUGCGUUCAUGUUGUGGGAUCUGCAAGCAACUUGUUCCUGCAUUGAGGCUGUUCUCUCUUGUCCAGUGUCAGCUCCCCUUUGCUCCAUUCCGAGUUAGGCCGAGAAGUUGAGAGCCUCACCCACAAGCUAUCUGUGCCUCUCAUACACAAUGGAUUAAGGGAGUUUCGGUUCGGGUGGCAUCAAUUCCACACUUGGGGCUCAUAACCUGUUACACCGUCAAUAUCAUUAUGGUUUGAGACUGUGGGCCAAUGGACACUCCGUCAUGGAACCACUCGGUGCCUCGUACCUGCGUUGAAAAGCUUACGACAGAUAUCAUGAUGGAGUUUACCCCAAGCAGGUUAACCACCUCGGAAAGGCAUAUGCCCCACAGACACACAAGGGUUGUGGUGAUAGCUUCAACAACAUCAACAUUAUGAUUCAUGUUGAAGAAUCGCCGAAUGUGGCCACGAGAGCAUACACCUCUGCUCAGAUGCUCAGUGUUGCCGCGAUGCUCUCAUCAUCCACCCAAUAUGGGUGUUGAAGACGAAGAACACAAUGGUGAUCUCCAGGUAUAAAGGAAGACUUGUUUCUCUCAUUCUCGACGAUAAUUCUCAUCAUCACUCACAUCAUCAUCUCAGCAUCCACUCAUCCCUUCAUCACUCAACACCAAAGCAUCAAGAAC